AUGCUGCCUAAUGCCGGCGUUAAGACAGCCGAUACGACCGAACAGUCGAGAUCUACAAGGCAGAAAAACCUCGCUGGUGAAAGAAAAAGCCGAAAGAAACGCGUGCGACUGAGUUGCAUGGAAUGUCGGAAGAAAAAACUGUCCUGUGACCGGAACCUACCCUGUCGGAGAUGUGUAAGGACGGGAAGAUCAACACAAUGUUCGUACGAAACAGAACAGCCCUCUUCGUUUAACUUUACAGCCCUACCGCAAGAAAAGCAGAUCCAAGACCUUCAGGCUCAAGUUGCUGAAUUGAAAGUAUUACUCUCGAAGGCAUCCCCCACGGAUGAGACCGAUUGUGUGGCGGAAACUUUCUGUGUGGUAGGCGACCAUGCUAAAUCCGAUGGCUCAGUGCCAUUGAAUGAAAAAUCCGGAGAACUUGAAAGCUUGACUAGUAAAGCUUGCGACGGAGACAAUGCUCAACCAGACUCGACAUCCUUUUCGGGGAGUAAGUCUGACCAUAAUACAACCCGCGUCAACAAUACCGAGCUUCGUGAUCCGAAAGAGAGAUGCCCACAAGGCUAUUAUAGCCAACAUAAUUUGUUUCGGUUCUUCGGCGAGAUCCGUGAACUCUUCCCCUUUAUCAGAGAGACGGCUAAUGAAUGGUUCAAACCACUUGGUGUUAGCCUUACAAGGGAGAAAUCCAUCAAAAAUGGCUACAGUGUGGAUUAUUCGCCCCGAAAAGGGGUAAUUCUGGAGUGUCUCCUCCCUCCCAAGGAGGACACCGAUGCUCUAGUUUCUUUCUACCUUGAUGGCUUGGAGCAAAUUCAUCGAAUAAUUCAUAUACCUACAUUCAAGAGAGAAUAUGCCAAUUUUUGGCUACCCCAGCGGCCUCGGUAUCCUACCAUGACGGUUCUCAUCUUGGCGAUGAUAUCUAUAUCGACCUAUGCUGCUACUCGCUCGGCCGAGGCUACAUCUAUACCAGCAAAAUACCGUGCUAUGUGUGCGCGAUGGAUUUAUUCAUGCGAGGAGUGGUUGAAGCAGCAGGGCCCAAAACAUCGCAAAAUUGUUCACUACCAGAUAUCUUGUUUAGUCUAUCUCGCUAAGCGGGAGACCAGCUCUUUGAUCCAGGAUGCAAUUAUAGAUGGGUUACAUUGCGAUCUAUCUUUUAAUAUCGGCACACCUUACACCCAAGAGAUGAAAAGACGAAUAUGGACUGUCCUUAGAGAAUUAGAUCUGCAGAAUGCGUUCGAGUACGGUCUCCCUACCCUCCUUCAUAACAUUAAUUCCGAUACCCCUCCUCCUACGAAUCUCGACGAUGAUGAUUUCGGCGAGGCAUCGAAGGAAAUACCCACGUCAAAGCGACUUGAUGUUUAUACUUUUACGUCCUAUCAAGUUCAUAGCGCUCGCAGCUGGGCUUUGCGUCUUGAGAUAUCUCAACGUUUAUUCAAUAGACGGUUAUCUAAAGACUUUAGCUAUGAAGAAGUACUACGAUACACUCAUGAAAUCACACAAGCAAUAGAGGCUAUUCCUUCCUGGAAUAAUGAUGCGACACCACAGGACGAUUCUAAGUUGUCAAUUGUUGCGAAUGCCUUCUGCCUUUUUCAGCUGAAAGAAUGUGUUCUUGCCCUUCACCGACCUUAUCUACACAAAAAUGACGGUAGAUACUGGCUCUCGGAAACUGUAUGUUAUCACACAUCGCGAGAUAUCCUUCUCCUGAAUAGCCGCUUAGCGGAGUUUGGCUAUCAGAGCCUCACAACAGUCAGGGAUGACUUACUGCUCGCUUCGUUGAGUCUUGUUCGCAUUACUAUGCUCCAGCCUAAGCUAUCAAAUAGCAUCGUCGUGACAGAUUCUCAAGCUAUAGUUGACCUCCUUGAGCAAUGUGUUCCCUUAAUGGAGGACAGACAUCUGCGUUGCUGUUAUAGCGAACUUUGGUGCUUUAUCACAAUGCACGCAGCACUUAUGCUAUUAAAAAUACAUCUGGAAAAGGAAUCCCAUCAAACAGCUAAGGCUGCAUGCGCACGAAGGUUCUUGGACCUACAUUAUAGGCAAAUGGAAAGACAGAGGAUAAGAUGA